ACUCGAACUGCUGUUGCUUGGAGUUCGCACUCCUGAGCGAGCUCUUAACCAACUGAGCCACUCGGCCGGCUGAGAAUGAUGACUUUUGAGCCAGGGCAGGAAGGGGUCAUGAACACAGGUUAUCAAAGUUUUCCUGAGGAGCAAGACCUGUGUUUUCCUUGGGUUGCCCGAGAGGUCCCUGGCAUCGUGCUGCAAAGCCCAGAGGAGCUCAGUCAGCGGUCCUUCUGGCCUUCCUGUCGUGGCCCAUUCCAGUCGACUAAGCUCACCGUACUCCAGUGAUUGUUCGAUUCUGGGUCUGUAGUCUCCCUAGGAAGAUGUUCCUGGUGGGCCUGACAGGGGGCAUUGCCUCAGGCAAGAGCUCAGUGAUCCAGGUGUUCCAGCAGUUGGGGUGUGCAGUGAUUGAUGUCGACGUCAUCGCCCGACAUGUCGUCCAGCCAGGAUACCCUGCCCACCGGCGCAUCGUGGAGGCCUUUGGCACUGAGGUCUUGCUCGAGAAUGGCGACAUCAAUCGCAAGGUCCUGGGAGACCUGAUCUUUAACCAGCCUGACCGGCGGCAUCUGCUCAACACCAUCACCCACCCUGAAAUCCGCAAGGAAAUGAUGAAGGAAACCUUCAAGUACUUCCUCCGGGGAUAUCGUUAUGUGAUUCUGGAUAUCCCCCUGCUGUUUGAGACCAAGAAACUUCUCAAGUACAUGAAGCACACAGUGGUGGUAUACUGCGAUCGCGACACACAGCUGGCACGGCUGAUGCGGCGGAACAACCUGAACCGCGAGGACGCAGAGGCCCGGAUCAAUGCCCAGCUGCCCCUGAAGGAUAAGGCCCGCUUGGCCCGCCACGUGCUGGACAACUCGGGGGAGUGGAGCGUCACCAAACGCCAGAUCAUCCUCCUGCACGCAGAGCUGGAGCGCUCCCUGGAGUACCUGCCGCUGAGGCUCGGGGUCCUCACAGGUCUGGCCGGCAUUGCCAGUCUCCUCUACCUGCUCACCCGCUACCUCCUGCCUUCCCCCUAGUGGGCACUCCAAGGCAGGAAGCCCCAGACCUCCAUCUCCUCGGAAGCUGAAGCUAGGUAAUAAAUGCAUCCUGUUUCCUCCCAGCCCCCUCACCUCUCUAUCUAUCUGUCUGUCUGUCUAUCUAUCUAUCUAUCUAUCUAUCUAUCUAUCU